AUGCUCUCGAGAAGUCAUCAGCAGGAUCCGCAAGAAUGCGCCGAGGUCUGGUUGACUGCUUUCGGAGCUGUCUCCAAAAGGGAGACGAUGCGCCACUGUCGCAAGAAGGAAUGGCUGGCCGGCUGGCGCUUUGGUGUUCUGGGGCUGAUCCUAUUGCUACUGACACCGGUGGCCGAAGCGCAAGUCGUCCUAAUCGGGUCCAGGUACUGGACCUUCCUUCCCGGUAUCGACUUUUCCGGGAACGACAUCCCGGACAAUACCGGCCAGUGUGGCGGGAGGGGGUACUCAAACUCCAACUCGUCGCACUGCGCGGCCAUGUGCCUCUCGUUCUCAAACUGCGUGGGCUUCGAAGUUAUGUGGGACGCGGGAAAGUGCUGCUGGGUUAAGUCCUGGAUGAGCGGCGCAGGCAGCUCGAAUCCUGAUGACGCAUACAUCCUCCUCCAAAGAACCUUGUACUCCAUUUUCGUGGCAAAGGACGUUCGACUAAUAACCGUCACGGCGGUUUCCGCCGACCCCGGAGCCAACAUUUCCGCCGCCUUGCCUUCCGGCGGAACACUGACUCUGACCAGUGGGUUGACGUCCGACUCGUUUCCGGCGACUUCCGGCGGAAUCGUGGCCAUCACAGUCACGGCCUCCAACGGCGCUGCUACAAAGAUCUACUAUUUUCGGACGGCCAUUCUGCAAGGAAACGACGCCUCUCUCCAGUUCCUCGUCCUCACGCCAGGCCUCAUCUCCCCCUCAUUCACACCAACCACUCUCAACUACUCCGCAACUUUCGCGUCGGGGGGGGAAACAGCGACCCUGCUCGCACUGACAAACGACGCGGCUGCGCUGGUGUCAAUCGGCGCCGGCGGAAAGGCCGCCGUCGGGACGAUCAGCCAGACCGUUCCGGUUCCGUUCGGCCGCUCCGUUCUGCAGAUCACGGUGACGUCGGAGAGCCUGUCCUACACGACGGUGUAUUACGUCAUCAUGCAGGCGCCGCUUGCACCGCCCCCCCCACCACUGCCGCCUGUCCCUCCCUCCAGCUUUAUGACUUUUCCCCCCCCUCUACCAGCCCUGUCUUCGCCCCCCCGGAUGGUUCUCGCCGUCGGAUUCGUGUCCGGACCAGCCCCCUCAACCCGGAAUCCGUCCGCGGAGUUCCGCUUCUACGCCAGGAACGGAACGGGCGGUGACUGUUCCCGUUGCACGUUCCACUGCACUCUAGAUGGCCAGACAGAGCCGGCGUGCACUAACCCGGGCCCGCCCACCUUUAACCCGGUCCUUAACCUCCGAACCUACUCGGUUAUCGUGUCCGCUCCCAGAGAGGGGCCCCACACCUUCUCCGUUGACGCGUUCGACCCGCUUGGGUUAAGCAGCGCCCCCGGGACUUACGCCUGGGUUACUGACUUGACUCCACCCGUAACCCUUCUAACAACAAACGCCCCGGAAGACCGGCCAACAAGCUUGCAAAGCGUCAGAAUCAACGUCACUGUCCGAGACCGGUCGCCGGACGGGGUUACCACGACGGACUGCCCUUCGUGCAACGUCCAAUGCAGCAUCGACGGCGGAAGAUUUGCCACGUGUCCCCAGGGGCAGCCGUUGAAAUUCUUUCUGCAGCCGGGGCGGCACGUGUUUGCGGCUCGGAGUAUCGACGCGGCCGGGAAUCAAGAAGAGGCGCCCGUUGAACGAGUGGUCGUGGUCGACCUGACUCCUCCGAAAGCGCAACUGACGCUCGCGCCCGCGCCCCUCACCGGCACCACCUCCGCGCGCUUCCAGUUCGCCGCGACCAUCGCGGGGUCCGCCGUCCGAUGCGCCACGUGUACCUUUCUGUGCCGGCUGGAUCAGGCCACGUGGCAGUCCUGCCUGCAAGGAAGCGAGGAUGCGAGCGGCGCGGUCUACCGGAACGUCUCCAACGGCCCUCACAGCUUCUCGGUACAAAUCACCGACCCCGACGGGGUCCUCACUUCCAGCCUAACCUAUGACUGGAACGCAGUCCUGGUUGGCCCAACCGUGGGCAUCUUCUACUAUCCACCCACCUCGACCGCACUUUCAAACGCAACCUUCUCGUUUGGUGCGAUCGUUCCGGGCACCAACUAUUCCGGUUCCGCCGGGCAGCCCGUUCCGUGCCCCGGGUGCCUUUUCUCCUGCGCUCUCGACGGCGGCGCCCCCCGGUUGUGCGACCCGGGCGAGCGCCUGACGUACGCAGAUCUGUCCGAGGGCACGCACACUUUUUCGGUGUACGCUGACGACAUCUUCGGCAACGUGGGUGCCCCUACGGGGUACACGUGGCAGGUCAACUCCAGCCUGCCGCUCGGGAGCGUCAUCUUCGGGCCGCCGCUUUUCGCGGCGACCAAUAAGACGUCAGCAGAGCUGACGUUCACGGGAACGCUGCGCAACCUUCCUUGCGCCGGGUGCACGUACCAGUGCCAGCUCAACAGCGGGCCGUUCCUGGGGUGUAACGCGAGCACGCCGCUGAAGCUCUUGGCGUUACAGCAGGGGACGCAGAGCCUGGUGGUGCGCGUCACGGACGUCCAAGGCGCGUCGACUUUUUCCGCGCCGUACGAGUGGGUUGUUGACACAAUUCCGCCGACAGUCUCCAUUCUGUCCGGCCCCUCUUCCGUGACCGGAACGUCGACCGCCCAGUUCUCCUUUUCUGCAAACGAUACAGUAAACGGUGUCCGAACCAACUGCGGCCAGUGCACGUACGACUGCGCCAUCGACUCGGUUCCCUUUCAACCGUGCGAUAACCCGGUCAUCUUCUUAAACCUCGGGUUAGCGGACUCUGUUACCGCCCACGUCUUAAACGUGGUUUCCGUGGAUGCGGCCGGCAACCGCGCGCUGACGCCAGCAGUGUUCCGCUGGACGGUGGACCGGCGCGCUCCCGUUGUUUCCGUCGUCGGCGAACCCGCCGGAAACGACCCCAGCGGAACGGUCGCCUUCUCCGCGCGCGCCAACGCGGCGUCGGCAGACUGUGACAACUGCACCGCGUUCUGCUCGCUGGACCGCUCGGCCCCCUACCCCUGCGGUGACGUCAGCGAUUCCAGCCGGGCCGCGGCUGCUUUUGCGCACCUGAAAGCGGGGCAGCACACGGCGACCGCUCGCUUCACAAAUGCGCUUGGGGUCGCCGCGGAUUCGGCCUUUUCCUGGGUCGCCGAAUUUACCGGUGCCUCUGUCCAGAUCUCCGUGCCCAACUCGCCCGUCCGGCGGAGUCCGUUUCCGGUCGUCAUCUCCUUCAGCAAGGCUUGCUUGGGAGGCAACGGCUUCACCUGCGUCAGCGUGACGUCAUGCGAGCUGAUCGUCACCGGCGCGGCAGUGCCUGAGCCAAACAGCCUGUCCCCUUUAGUCCCGCAGCAGUAUUCGAUUCAGAUCAUCCCCAUAAGCGAUGGGCCGAUUGGAAUAAGCGUCCCCCCCGGGAUCUGCCUAGACGAAGCGGGAAACCCAAACUUCCCGGCGGAGGCGUCCGUUGUUUUCCAGGCCAAACCCCCGCAGGCGGCUCUGGUUCCAGUUGGGUUAACGCCCGUCAGCCUGACAUCAACCGGUGGCGUCAGCAGCACAGAAUGGGCCACGAACUCUUCACCAAUCCUGUUAACGAUUACUUUCAGCCGGGAAGUGAUCGGAUUCAGCCUUGGCGGGGUUCAAGUGACGGGCGGAACAGCGGAACGUCUCCUCGCGCAUCGCUCGACCAGCGCGGCCGCGAGCGCGUCGCCCGGCGGCUCAAACCCUUCAAGUGACGUCAGCAACCCGUCGUCCUUGGUAACCAUCAGCGGUGCCGGGGACGGGACGCCGGGCACCGCUUUCUCGUUCCGGGUCGUUCCGUUCGGACGGAACGGAACGGUAACCGUCCAGAUUCUGCCCGGAAGUUGUGCGGACAGUCUUGGCAGCCCGAACAGAGGUUCGGACGCUAUUACGCUCCUCUUUGACACCGUGCGUCCGACGGUGUCAAUAGCGCCGCGUGGCAGCCCCGGCGGCAUCUUCGGCGGCCUCGCGUUGAACAGUGCGUACUUAGUUGAAGUCCGGUUCAGUGAACUCGUUUUCGUGUUUGCGAACCAAACGGGGACGCUAACCGGGUCAGACUAUGGGACGGGUCAAGUUUCGGCUAUCGGAUUAAGCGUAACCGGGGUGGCUCCUCAAGGUGACGGCCUCAGAUACAUCGUAACGCUUGAGAGGGAUGUAAGGGCUGCCGUUACCGAGGGAGCCGUUUGGGUUGAAGAGGGAGCAGUGCGAGACGCGGCCGGGAAUCUUAACCAACGCUCGGACGUUUUGAAGAUUAGCUUCGGCGGCCUACCGAGCGCAUUCACACCGCGUUUCGCCGCCCGGGGCAAUCUACUGGGGAUAGUCGGGACGGUGCAGACGUUCGCCCUCUUCCGGAAGCUGGCGAUCCGGCAGUCCGCCGUGUUCCGGGAAGUGACCGGAAGCCUCGCAACAAUGAACUUGGAAAGCCGUCCAACGUCACCCUCCUCCGCUGCUGCCACUACACCCGCGGUUCCGUCAGCCACCCUUGCCGGAUUCCGGAGGCUUCUCUCGCAGAACGGAACCGGAGCAGAGGCUCCCGUCCCAACGUCACUGCUUAAUCGCCAGACCGAGAGUUGGCAUUCUUCCGGGCCGAUCUUCGGACGCGUUCUCAUCGUAGUGUCCGCAACGUCCGUUGUCCGAACCGCGCUGUCGCACGUCUGGACACGUGUGUCGGACCGCACUUUACCCGACCUUCUGCUUUUCCCGAGGGCAGAGUUACAAGCGGGGCUGUUCUGCUUCUAUCCCGUGUCGAUUGCUUGCGCCGCACUUUCGCAAGGCCCUUCGUUGGCACACGCCUUCUUGGGAGCUUUGCUUCUUUUAGGCAUCCCCUGUUCCGCUAUCGUCGGCAUCGUGGGCUUUCUCGCAACUCACGUCAUACUUGAUUCAAGAGCGUCCUUCGAGCCCUUCAGGGACUCCCCAAAGGCGCCCACGUGGCGCGGCCGCGCGGUCGCCGCCUGCUUUGGCGCGCCCUGCGCGGGGCGGUGGACCGACACGAGCCGGACGCCCGGACGUCCGGUCGGUCGAUUCGGACUCCUCUUCGAGUCCUUUCGGCCCCCUGUAGAUUGUCGAGAUGACAAUCUCUCUGGAAACGAGACCGUGAUUAAACCGAACAAAUCAAACAGGCGUUCGCGACUCGCGGACACGUCCGAAGGAACUGGACGGGACAGUGGACGGCUUGAAGCGUCCGGAAGCGGUCACAGGGGAGGCACCGGACGGCCAGGAUCGUCCGGAAUGGGAGGAGAAAGUUCUCAUCAUUCAGGACCAUUUCUGCUGGGGGCAGGGAUGGCCCGGCGGGUUGCGGACGGUGCGCGCGCGCUCGUCCGGAUGCUGCGGACGUGCCACGUGGGCGCGGUCCUCACGAAGCGGCUGGUGUUUGCGGCGCUUCUCGCGGCAAGGGAGCGCCACGUGGCGGGCUCGGAGCCGGGUUUGGGCCAAGUGGCCCUGCUCCUGACGACGUCAGCGGUCUUCCUCUCCUGGCUGGUCAUCGCUAAGCCUUACGUCAGCCGAGCGUUACAAGGCGUUGAGACGGGGACGGGGCUCUUAGAAGUACUCACGCUCAGCUUGGCGCUGCUAUCUGGCCGAGCGGAGCGGGAGGCGAUCCGGAGCGGAACCGCGGGCACCGGAAUCCUGACGGAAGAAGAGGGGGGACGAAGUGCGGCGAUGCUGGGGCUUCAAAUCGUGGCCGUUGGAAUGCAGACGGGGUAUCAAUGGUGGGCAGCGAUUGUUGGGCUAAGAGCGCACUGGAAGGUUUGGAGGGAGAAAAGGGAACUAGACAAAGGGAAAAGUAGGCAAGUCUGGCGGUCUCGUGAGAAUGUAAGAAAUGGUGAUCAGCAAUGGGGGUUGAAAAAGGGGCAUCCGAGGAAACCAACAGACCUUCGGUCUGUGUUGAGGGAUAAGGAGAGGAGAGGCGUAGAACGGAGAAAAGGAGGGGAAAGUGUUAGAGAAAAGGCAUGCGCGGAAGAGGCGCCGACGAAUUCAAGAGUCGGGGCAGCGCCACGUGUCAGCCAUGCAAGAAGGCGUAACAAAAGAAGGUUGGUAACGCCUCCCAGCACCAAGAACGAGGUUGAGGUCGAAAAGCACUGGGCUUCGGAUGUGGACCCGGCUUUGACCCCGUGGCUGCAGGAAGAUCUGGAGAAGAAGCCCGGGAUCAUGAGCGGAGCGGAACCGGGUAAGCGGGACGGAAAAUCUCCCUCGAUAGAAUCCGUCAGGGGAAGCGCGGACUUAGGCGCCUUUGUUGCGCAAAUUGGAGCGUCGCGCAAAGUGGAGGAGAGGAGAAACGCGCCGCACGGAGCGCGCGCAGCGCGCGAUGAACGGAAGGGACGAGAUCGGAACGGAAGAGCGGAACGGAGUGUUGAAAGGGAAGCUAACGAAAGGUUCGACGAGAGCAACGGCGGCGGAGGGAAAGCACAAAGGAAACAAGAGUCGCAUAAGUUAGACUGUCAACCAGAGCCCCGUCAAACAUUACAAUCGGACAGAGCGCAGCUGUCGGACCCUCUGAAAAAGGUUCGUCAAAAGGCGCAAUCGGACGCAAGGGUAGUUAAGAAGGGAACGAGUCUCUCGCCUCACAGCGGUGGGCGGCUUCAAGUCGGGGGAAUUACGGAAGCGUCAAUACGCGCGAGCGGGUUGGAGCAGAAAAGCGCGCGCGCGCCGCGGCUGGGGCGGCUGAAGAGUCGGGGCAAGGUGACGGCUACCGCCAACAUGACGUACUUCGUCGUGUCCGAAUCGGACGAAUCGGAGGGGUCCGAUGCCUAUUGCAGCCAAAUGGGGCCCUCUAGUGCGAGACGGGGGAUUGUCCUUAGUUUCAUCGCUGCAAUCCUGGCCGUGUGCUUUGUAGCUCCUGAUUCCGCAUCUGCAGAUUCCACCUCGUGCGUGGACAUUCCCAGCGGAACCGGAGCUCAAAACCCCAACCGGCCGUGCCCAUCAAGCAAAAACCCCUCCGUUUCGGACUGGGAUGCGGAAGACCGCUUCGAGAACCAGUACCCGACCCACCGCCAAUUGCAGCAGAUUGCCGGGACCCCUCUCUUGACCAACCUGGUUAACGAUACUGGGAGCCCGGUUACCGCCACCAACCCGCUUUUGGUAAACGCCACCAGUCCGGAAUAUAACCUGACGGAAAUCUUCUUGAGGUUAAACAUAACCGUGCUGCCCAAGAAGUUUAACCUAACCCGGAUCCUACCGGCAAUCCUGCCGACGCUAAAUAUCACGGCGCUUUACCAGGCACUCAAUAUUACGAUCAAUACGACGAAGCUGAACAUAACCUAUCCCCCGCCGCCGCCCGCUUAUCUGUGCUACGGGGUUGAAGUGGAGUAUCUGAUCGUGGGCAAUUUGACCAAGACGCAGUUCGGGUCCGCGCCGGCUUUUCUUUACACGGCGCAAGUCAAAAUACAGGCAAGUGGAACGAACUUCGGCAAGUGGGCGAUCAGCGAGUGGGGCAUCCGAUUCGCUUUUGCGAACCAAGACGUCCUUACGGGCGGGAACGACUUGCUCCCCCCCGCGGGGGUCAAGCUGCCGGCCGCCGCAAACUUGCUUCUACUCCAGCCCCCCCCAAAGCUCCAGACCCUCAAGCCGGCUUUCCUCGCCGGUUACGACGCCACUCAGUACACGUUCAAGACAACGAUCCAGGGAACGGAGAUCGGGGCUAACACCACUUUACGCGCGCUGCCUGUGGGCAUGGACUUCAUCUCGCCUGGUGUCAUAUGCGACCCGAUCAACCUGCGCUUGGUCAACGGAACAAAUUCGACGGACGCCACAGCCUCAGAUCCAACGGCGGAAACGCCGCCCGCGCCGGCAAACCCGGGCGUGCAGAUCACGUGGGACGUGCUCAACUCUAUCAAAGAGAGUUACACGGCUUUCAUCCGGAUCCAGAAUCAGCAGCCGUACCGGCCAAUCAGUGGCGAUGGGUGGACCCUCGGCUUUGCACUCCAAAUGCAGGAAGUCAUCUGGAGCAUCAGCGGGGGCUUCGUCAUUUACCGGGGGGACUGCCUAUCAUACGCGGGGAAGACGUAUGGCCCAGUUACGGGCGCUCAGGCGUGCACUGCGACCCCCAAGAUACGAGAUACGUCCUCGCAAAACGGCACUCUUCCCACGUACAAGAUCAACUCCACACUCGCUCAGGCCAACCUUACGCUAUCCCUGGGGAGGAGCAUAGAUUUCUUCGACGCCAAAUAUCUUUCGCCCCCUCAAAACUGGUCGAUCGGCGUGCCCGGAUACCUUUGCGGUGAACCCGUCGAGACGCAGCCUUCACUCUUCCCACUGAACAAUUAUUCGUAUACAACCUACCCUGCAGCAGUGACGUACACGAUUCAGUGCGUGCUGACACCAGACGCGCUGGCGACCACGUCAUGCAGCGUCUCUAUGAGCAGUUACUGGAACAAGACGAUCACCACCCCCAACGCCUGCGCGUGUGCGUGUUCCGAAUACCAAUACGCCCAGGGGUGUGACCAGACUUUGCCGGCGCUUCCCGGUGCGGCCGCCGCGAUCGAUCUCGGCCCGACGACCGACAAGAAACCGGUCCAGUUUCCGGGGCAGAUUCCAUGCUCCGACGGCUGUACCACGAGUAUUCACCUCGACCUAUAUCAGACGUUUAAGGGGGGCUGGGUGAUGAAGGUUAUGCUGGCCAACCCAGGCCCGCAGACGGUGCGCGACUGGCUGCUCGUGCUGCAGUUCCCGUACCUAAGCAACCUGGAGAACGUCUUCUCGGUCAACAACCUGGCCGACACCGACAACGAGUUGCUGCUCUUUGGCUACUCGUACUACAACAACUACCUGCUCGGAAACGGCGGGAACAUUGGCGCUGAACUCCAGUUCAACGACUCGGGCAUCCCCGGGGGAACGGCCAAGCACGUGCCGAUUGGCGUCUUCCCGACUCAGGUCCUUUUCAUGGGCGAAAAGUGCGCUAUGCCCGCUCAACUUCCAUGGAGCUCGGACGGCGACCGAUUCAGAGUUUCAACAGUGCUCCUUGUCGCCUUCCUAUUUGCCCUCCCACUGGUCAUAUAA